AUGGCUAAGCAAGUUGCAAUUGUGGGAACUGGGGUCAGCGGCCUAGCCUCCAUCAAGUGCUGCCUGGAGGAAGGACUGGAACCCACAUGCUUCGAGAGGAGCAACGAACUCGGGGGCCUGUGGAGAUUCACCGAAAAUGUUGAAGAAGGCAGAGCCAGCCUCUAUAAGUCUGUGGUUUCCAACAGCUGCAAGGAGAUGUCUUGUUACUCAGACUUUCCAUUCCCAGAAGAUUAUCCAAACUAUGUGCCAAAUUCUCAAUUCCUGGAAUAUCUCAAAAUGUAUGCAAACUGGUUCAACCUUCUGGAAUGCAUUCAAUUCAAGACUAAAGUCUGCAAAGUAACAAAAUGCCCAGAUUUUACUGUCACCAGCCAAUGGGAGGUGGUCACUCAGCAUGAAGGAAAGCAAGAGUCUGCCAUCUUUGAUGCUGUCAUGGUCUGCACUGGUUUCCUUACUAAUCCAUAUUUGCCACUGGACUCUUUUCCAGGUAUAAAUACCUUUAAAGGCCAGUACUUUCAUAGCCGGCAAUAUAAACAUUCAGAUAUAUUUAAGGACAAGAGAGUCCUUGUGAUUGGAAUGGGGAAUUCGGGCACAGAUAUUGCUGUGGAGGCCAGCCACCUGGCAAAAAAGAUCUGGAUC